AUGGCAAGGGCUGAAGAGUUAACGCUGUCCUUUGGCCCCGCAGAGUACAAGAAAUUGUUUCCAGCUGCAUACAUGCAACAAUGUUUAGCUAAGAAAGUUAGAGUGGACUCGCGCACUAUUAAUGCCACUCGUCCCGUACAGUUACAGACAGACGUGAUCCAUACAGCUGCAAGCUCCAGUCUCGUUAAGUUUGGCAAGACAUCAGUACUAACUGCGAUUAAGCUGGCUGUUGGAACGCCAGCAGUUACCACGCCCGAUCAGGGAGAGAUCGCCAUUCAGGUGCAUUUGUCGCCACUAUGUUCGAGCCGCUUUUCAUUAGGUCGACCGUCGGAGGAGGCACACAGUAUUGGCAGCCAACUUUCUAGGAUUGUCGUCGGCUCACGUGUGGUGGAGAUGGAGAAUCUAUGUAUUGCUAAGAGCAAAGCAGCAUGGAAGCUCAUGGUGGACGUUUAUUGCGUGGAUCAUGAUGGCAAUGUGCUGGAUGCUGCGCUCACAUCUAUCAUGGCGGCAUUAAAAACACUAAAACUACCAGCUACGUCCAUCAAUGAAACUGACAAUGUGGUCUCAAUCGUGCCAGAUGAACCUGCCACGCCGUUACAAGUGGAUCAUGAUGCGUACGCAACCUCCUUUGCUGUAGUGGAUGGUGUGGUUUUAAUCGACCCGACGAGUGAAGAAGAACUUUUGGCCAGCGCCGUGUUCAGCCUCACAUAUACUACCGAUGGACAACUUUGUAGCGUAAACAAAGCUGAGUAUAACAAGAAUAAGUCGUUCUGUGCCAUGAAUGAGGACACGCCGUUAUGGCGCUCACCAACGAGCGCCGUUGUACCGGGAUCUACCGUUUGCAAAGGUUUACUGCUGGUGAUGACCGUUUGCUUCAUUGGCAGCGCAAUGCUGUCAAUAACGGUGCAAAGUCCAGUAGCUUUCGCCACACCGGAAUCUAACGUGGCAACAAUAAGUGAGACUGCACAGCUAUUAACAGAAGUCAACACUAACGAGAUAAAAAACAGUCGAGUUGACACCACGUACGAUGAUCGUGUCCUAUUUCUUCCAGGGUUUGGAGCGCCGUUGGAGAAGCAGUAUGCUGGUUUGGUUGGAGUGAACAAACUUAAUGCAGGAAAACUCUUUUAUUGGUUCUUUGAGACGCGUGCACCCAUGCAGAUCGAUGACAAAACUCCACUACUGCUUUGGCUCAAUGCUGGACCUGGCGCGUCGUCGCUAACACCACUAUUUAAUGAAAUGGGACCUUAUCGGCUCACUAAAGAACGGAAGCUGAUUCCACAUGUUCAUUCGUGGACAAAUAUUGGUCACUUGCUACUCAUCGAUCAGCCUGUCGGGACUGGCUAUUCAUCUGUCCGUGAUGAGGUUGGCCAGGUCAAGUCGCAGGACGAAGUCGCGGAACAACUUUAUCGCGGUUUGCAAAAGUUUUACAGACGACACCCUGAGUACAAAUUCAAUCCGUUGUAUGUGUGUGGGAAAUCGUACGCAGGCAAGUUUGCGCCGUCCAUUUCACACUAUAUCCACAUCAAGAAUAGUGGCGUUCUAGACCCAGAUGACAUCAUCAUUAAUCUGACUGGACUAGCUAUUGGUAAUGGCGAUAUGUGGCCCGUGUUACAGACCCGGUCUGUACCUGACUUUGCCAUUGCUUUGGGACUUAUUGACUCGGAGCAAUACGAAGAGGCAAAUGCCCAGAUUAGCGUGUGUGAGGAGUUACACCGCCAAAGACGGGAUGUAGAUGCUUAUCAGAUUUGUCAAGCUGUCACUCGCAAGAUUUACAAGGCUGCAGGAAGUCCAUUUAUAUAUGACAUUCGAGAGUCAGUCGACUCAAUUAAGGACUUGAGUGCGACUUUAUCGAGUUAUUUUAACGACGAUGCCGUGCGUCGAGCGCUGAAUGUGCCUCCUGGUACACCAUGGAAAUCAAUUGAUGAAUUGGUGGACGACACAUCUCCAUCAGCUCCGGCAGUUUUGCGAAACCUGCAAAAAGAUCAGAUGCUGGACGUUCCAAUUGGUGUGUUUCGGGACUUGCUCGACAAUUACAAGUUUUUGUUUUACGCUGGCAAUAUGGAUGGAUCAGUGUGCAAUAAUUUAGGUGUUGGACGAAUAAUUGAUCGACUCGCAUGGUCAGAUACAGCCAAGUAUCGUGUGGCAGUGCGGCAGCCGUGGAAGGUAGACGGUCGAGUGGCCGGACUUGUUAAGUCUGCAGGUAACAUGAGCUACGUUGUGGUGCUAAAUUCGGGUCACCUCGUGCCAGCAGAUCAGCCAGAAGCUUCACUGGACAUGAUGCGGCGAUUUGUCAACAAUGAACCCUUCUAUACGCUGUUUCCAUAG